AUGGCGGCGCACCUCAGCUCGGGCCGCGUCCCGCUGACGGCGCUGAGGGAAGCCGGGCGCCGCGAGCUGCGCGCCUUCCUCGACAAAUGCGCCGGAUCCAAGGCCAUUGUGUGGGAUGAGUAUCUUACUGGGCCUUUUGGAUUGAUUGCACAAUAUUCUCUUCUGAAGGAACAUGAGGUGGAGAAAAUGUUCACCCUUAAAGGAGGUAUCCUUCCACCGGCUGAUGUCAAGAACAUUAUUUUCUUUGUCAGGCCCAGAUUAGAGCUCAUGGACAUAAUUGCCGACAAUGUGCUCAGCGAAGAUAAAAUCCGCGGUCCGCAGCGCGAUUUCCACAUCUUGUUUGUGCCGCGUCGCAGUUUGUUAUGCGAGCAGCGCCUCAAAGAACUGGACGUGUUGCACUCUUUUGUUCACCGAGAGGAGUACAGCCUGGACCUCAUUCCCUUUGAUGGAGACCUCUUGUCCAUGGAGUCAGAAAACGCCUUUAAGGAGUGCUACUUAGAAAAUGACCAGACUAGCCUCUACCAUGCGGCAAAAGGACUCAUGACGCUCCAGGCUCUCUACGGAACCAUCCCACUCAUCUUUGGAAAAGGGGACUGUGCCAGGCAUGUGGCAAACAUGAUGAUCCGCAUGAAGAGGGAAUUUUCGGGGAUCCAGAACCCCAUUCUGCCCGUCUUCGAUACCCUUCUGUUGCUGGACCGCAACGUGGAUUUGAUAUCUCCUCUGGCUACCCAGCUGACCUACGAGGGCCUGAUUGAUGAAAUAUACGGAAUUCAGAACACCUACGUGAAACUUCCCCCCGAAAAGUUUGCCCCCAAGAAGCAGGGAGAGGCCGCCAAGGAGCUCCCCACCGAGGCCAAGAAGCUGCAGCUCAACUCCGCGGAGGAGCUGUACGCAGAGAUCCGCGACAAAAACUUCAACGCCGUGGGCAGCGUCUUGAGCAAGAAAGCCAAAGUCAUCUCGGCUGCUUUUGAGGAAAGGCACCACGCCAAAACGGUGGGGGAGAUCAAGCAGUUCGUCUCACAGCUGCCACACAUGCAGGCUGCGAGAAGCUCUUUGGCGAACCACACCUCCAUCGCUGAGCUCAUCAAAGACAUCACCACCUCUGAAGACUUCUUCGAUAAUUUAACAGUGGAACAAGAAUUUAUGUCCGGCAUAGAUACCGAUAAGGUCAACAGUUACGUAGAAGAUUGUAUUGCCCAAAAGUAUCCCUUGAUUAAGAUACUGAGGCUCGUUUGCUUGCAGUCGGUGUGCAACAGUGGCUUAAAGCAGAAGGUGCUGGACCAUUACAAGAGAGAAAUCCUCCAGACGUACGGCUACGAACACAUCCUGACCUUAAAUAACCUAGAAAAGGCUGGACUUUUGAAGCCUCAGCUGGGCAGUCGGAACAACUACCCCACCAUCCGGAAAACUUUGCGUUUAUGGAUGGACGAUGUCAACGAACAGAACCCAAACGACAUCUCUUACGUCUACAGCGGUUACGCGCCUCUCAGCGUGCGCCUGGCACAGCUGCUUGCCCGGCCAGGUUGGCGAAGCAUCGAGGAAGUCCUAAAAUUACUUCCUGGCCCGCACUUUGAGGAGAGGCAGCAGCUGCCAACCGGGCUCCAGAAGAAGCGUCAGCACGGAGAAAACCGCGUGACUCUCGUCUUCUUUCUGGGAGGCGUGACCUACGCCGAAAUCGCAGCCCUCCGGUUCCUCUCUCAGAUGGAGGACGGGGGCACCGAAUACGUCAUCGCCGCCACCAAGCUGAUCAACGGAACAAGCUGGGUCAAGUCUCUGAUGGAGAAGCUGGAGCCCCCACCCUUUUAG